GUCCGGCCACGUCGACCGGAACCUGAGGCGGACGCUGUGACGCCAUCAGCGCGCGGCGUGUGUUUACAGUUCAGCUGUUGUCAGUCUGGACGUGAAGAAAGUUUUAAAUUAACGGAGUCACCGACGGUUUUUACACGACUCUUGUCUCCUGUAUCCUCAGGCUUCCACACAUGAUGAGUUGUGAUGAAGAAACCAAAGCUGGCUGUGGUCUUCCUCGUAGUGAGUUGUGUCCUCGUCUACCUCAUGUACGUCAAUCGUCACUACGGCCUGUCAAAGCUGGCCAUCCCCCGUCUACGUCCUCACGUCUCUGAUGCUGGGUGGAGCUUCCAGUAUGGCGUCAUGUUUGACGCCGGGAGCACUGGGACAAGAAUCCACAUCUUCAAGUUCCAGGUUGAUGACAGAGAAACUCCCAAACUGUCUCAUGAGACAUUCAAGGCCAUCAAACCUGGACUGUCUGCAUAUGCUGAUGAUCCAGAGAAGUGCACGUCGGGGAUUGAGGAGCUGCUGGAAGUGGCCAGGUCCAGCAUCCCACCCUCUGUUUGGAAUGUGACCCCGGUGGUCCUGAAGGCCACGGCCGGGCUCCGCCUCCUUCCCGGAGACAAGGCCAAGCAGCUACUGGACAAGGUGAGGGUGCUUUUUCACCAGUCACCGUUUGUAUCCAGAGACGACGGCGUGUCCAUCAUGGACGGCACUGACGAAGGGAUUUCUGCGUGGAUCACCAUCAACUUCCUCACAGGUGGUCUUCACAGUGCUCACUCGCCCACAGUGGGGAUGUUGGAUUUGGGCGGUGGCUCAACUCAGAUCACCUUCAGCCCUCAGGAUGAGAAAACCAUCCAGACCUCGCCGAUCGACUACAUCAGGUCCUUCCAGAUGUUCAACAGAACACACACCGUCUACACUCACAGUUAUCUGGGUCUGGGUCUGAUGUCAGCUCGAUUUGCCAUCUUAGGAGGUGUCGACGGUUCACCAUUAGGGGGCAGCACUGAGCUGGUCAGCCCCUGCCUGGCUCCAGAGUACUCGGGCAGUUGGGAACACGCUGACGUCGUCUACACUGUGAAAGGACAAAAGGAAGGGGAGCAGGUUUACGAGGCGUGCCUCAACAAAGUGGAGAAGGUCGUUUACAAGAAGGUGAUGAAGGCGUCAGAGGCUGCGGACAUGGACUUCUACGCUUUCUCCUACUACUACGACCGCGCUGUGGACCUGCACAUGAUCGAUGAAAAAAAAGGUGGAGUCAUCAAAGUGAGCGAUUACAUCGAUGCAGCUAAAUCAGUGUGCAGCGCUGAGUCCGUCAGUCCACAGCAGGACCCGUUCUUGUGUCUGGACCUGGUCUACAUCACAGUCCUGCUGCAGGAGCUCGGGUUCCCUCCACACAAACAACUGAAGUUGGCCAGGACCAUUAACAGUGUAGAGACCAGUUGGGCUCUCGGGGCCACGUUUCACUACAUCGACUCUCUGAAGAGAAACUGAUGACAUCACACUGAGCCACCAUAAGCGGGCGGAGCCAACAGUACGGCAGAUCUGCUGUUUCUGUGAUGUCAUGGAAACCAGAUGAUUGGUGAUCACUCCUUGUUUUGAAAUGUUGAAGUAAUAAUCAAAGACUUUCUGUCCACGCGGGGGCACUGCUGAUCAUGUGACUGUCACAUGUCAAACAUGAAGUUUAAAAGAAAUAUGUGAUUGUUUACAUUUUACCUGAUUAAAGGGGGUUUGUUGCGGGACUUAUAUGUAAAUAUCUUACACGACUGUGACCUUUGACCUUGUUCUUGAAUCGGAUUGUUGGGUUUGUGUCGACAGCGACUGUGAUUGUUUAUUUUAGUGCCAAACCUCAGUGAUUUGCUUAAUAAAACAUGAUUUACACUCA